AUGGACGAAAUCAUCAUCGAAGACGACUGGCUGAAUGAUGAUGUAUUCAAAGCAGGCAAUCAAGCACCUCAUCAACCUCUUCGGAACGAACUCGAGACAAAUCCACCAACCCCAGUAAACCAAGCUCACCUUCAAACAACUCCUUACAUAUCGCCAACAAAGCCUGCUUCUAGCAAACACAAUGUAACUACUCCAAAGUCAACUCUGGGAUUACGCCCUUCGACAUUACGCAUUAAAAAGCCAUUCAAACCACCUACUCCUGCUCCACAUAUAAAUAUGAUGGCUGUUGAUGUUGACGACGACAUUGAAGACUUUUCUCAACAGAAUAAUCAUGAGACUCAUGGUGGUAGUAGUAGUAAUGCUGCUCUUGUUGAUUCAGAUUCCGCCAAUCUUAAUUCGAAGAAGUGCGAUGACGUGACAUUCAACACUUCUGUAAAUAGAGAUACAAACUCGCAGAAUAUGGAUGUUGCCUCCAAAGACGAAGCAGAUCGUAGAUACUCGACAUCACCGAUGGGACAUCCGCAAGUGCAAGAUGGCACAAUCAAGACACCAUCAUCAACUACCCAUACACCCCAUUCCAAGCCAAGCGCUGCUUCUAUUGAGCGUCGCCUACGUAAAGAUCAGGUGAAGGCCUCACUAGCCUCCCUUCCUCGAGUUGGUGUACAUUCAUCACCAAAACCAUCGAACGAUGAUUAUAUGAAUGUACAGCAACAACACGCAUCACCAACUCCUGCCCCAAAAUCAUAUAAACGUGUAAUCGCUGAUGAAGACGAUAUACAAUUCACAGCGUACGAGUUGAAAGAAACGAAACAAACAAGUGUUGCUUCAUCUCGUAGUGGCAGUAAAGCAUCAUCUGUAGGUCGCAGGCAAUCACCUCAGCAGCAACUGCAACAGAGUCAAGAAUCUAAUAAAAGGAGGGAGGUAGUCAGACCAGUCAUCAAACGUGUUCGCUUCGAUGAUCACGUUCAAGCAAACGAGUUUGAAGCUCCUGAUGUCGAAGAUGAAGAAGACAUCGGUGAUGAUGAUGCAACAAAGACGGAUGGUCUAGGACUAUCAGAGUCAGAAAUGGAGAAUGAUGAUGAGGAUCAACGAAUUGUGAUGGCUAUUAGUAGUAGAGGCCGUAAAGUUGGUUGCGCCUUCUUUGAUGAUAGAACGCACCAGCUGUAUGUUAUGGAAGACGUUGAAGAAGACGAAGCAUUUACUAUGACGACUCUCUUAAAACUACAGGUCAAUCCAUCUGUGAUUUUGAUGUCAUCUCGUACUGAAGAGGCAUUCUAUGAUGUGGUUCGUGAUGGCACACACGAAACCAUCUUCCGCCCAGGCCCAGAUUUUGCCAUCAAAACAGCUCGUAAUCGACUCUUGUCGCUACGAGCUCUCGCUUCUCCCUCCCGCCAUUUAAUAUCUGGAAUGUCUACGAAACGAGCGGAAAUGGCGCUGUAUUUAGAAUCAGUGCUAGACACUGUUUGUGAGAACAUGAUUUCCUCCGCUGGUGCUCUGAUAGCCUGGCUGAGUCAAGGAGGAAUGAGAGAGGGUGAUGAUGAAAUGAGUGAUUUCUCUGUGGAGAAGAUUGAGCAGUUCAAACUGAACAACUUCAUGCGUUUGAACACUGAUGCCUUCUCAUCUCUCGGCAUAUUUUCCGAAGAGUUGCAUCCGUCCAUGCGCUCUCGUAGAUCUCGUGAAGGACUUUCAUUAUUUGACAUAAUGGACACGACACGAACUGCUGUAGGCCGUGCUUUACUCAAGACAUGGUUUUUACGUCCAUCUCUCGAUCUUCACAUUCUUGAAGAACGUCAAGAGGCCAUUGCUUACUUUGUCAGACCUGAUUUGUAUCAUAUCAGCGAUACAUUCAAGUCAUGCUUGAAACAAAUCAACAACAUCCCCAGAGUCAUUCACCGUAUGAAGUCAAGACUAUCCUUGAAGGAAUGGGAAUCGGUCGUAAAGUUUUCAUUGAGCUCUAUCAAGAUCAAACGACUCGUGUUAGAAUGUGGAGUGCGCGCGAUUCCAGUAUUUGAAAGAGUCGGAGAAGCAAUCAACGAAUCAGAUUUGAAAGAAUCUGGACGAUUCGUUACAAAUGUGAUUGACUUUGACGAAAGUCCAGGAGAAGGACAUGUGUCUGUGAAGCAAGGUAUUGACGAAGCACUUGACGAAAUGAAACGAACAUAUGCUGGAAUGGGUCAUCUACUAACCCAAGCUGUCGUACGAGUCGCUGCUACUAUCCCAACAGAAUUCGCUACUUCUCUCAAUGUGGUCUACUUUCCUCAGCUUGGAUUUCUCACAACUAUUCCCAAAAGGCCUGAGAUGCAACAGCCUGAUGAUUUCUUGAUCGAAGGGCUUGAAUUCCAGUUCUCGACUGCCAAUACCGUCUUUUACAAGAGUGAAGAAAUGUUUGGCCUGGAUGAAACUCUCGGAGAUGUCCAUUCUAAUAUCGUUGGUAGAAAAGUCAUCGACAAAAAUCGAUUGGCUAUACUUCUGAUUGCUGCCGUUUCUGCUGUAGAUCGAGAGAACGAAAUCAUUCAGCAAUUGCAAGAGAGUGCUCUCGGCUUCUCAGAGGCUAUGCUGAGAGCCUCUUCUGCGCUGGCUGAACUUGACUGGCAAGGAUUGAGCUUCGCUUUGAUUGCUAUGUCUGACGCAGCCAGACGAUACAAUUACAAGAGACCUACCAUGACAGAAGAAAAUAGAUUGGAUAUUGUUCGUGGCAGACAUCCACUUCAAGAAUUGUGUGUGGAUGCCUUUGUGCCGAACUCUACUCACCUCUGCUCUCCUGGUCAAGGAACGAGAUGCGUCUUGUUGACUGGUGCCAACUUUUCUGGAAAGAGCAUACAUCUCAAACAGAUUGCACUUAUCACGUAUAUGGCGCACAUCGGAAGCUUUGUGCCAGCUGAUGAUGCCAUUGUUGGACUGACGGAUCGCAUUAUGACUAGAAUUCAAACACGAGAGAGUGUUUCAAAGAUCCAAAGUGCGUUCUUGAUUGAUUUGCAACAAGUCGCUCUCAUGAUUCGUUACGCAACUGCUCGCUCCCUCCUCAUCAUUGACGAGUUCGGCAAAGGCACAGUUUCCAAAGACGGUGUUGGGCUCUUUUGCUCUGCACUGGAUUCGUUUAUGGCCAAAAGAGACUUGUGUCCCAAAGUCGUUGCUGCUACUCAUUUCCAUGAAAUUUUCGCACAUCAAUUGCUAGAGUCCUUGGAUGAUCCUAUAUUGUUUACUUGUGCUAUGGAGAUAAUUGAAGCUGAUGCUAAGCGAGCACCGGGAGUUACAUUUCUGUACAGAGUCAUUCCGGGCCAAGCUUCAAAGAGUCUUGGAGCUCACUGUGCAAGAUUGGCUGGAAUACCUGAUCAUGUUGUCGAACGUGGUAUUAGAGCUUCGAGUUUACUAGCUGAAGGUGGUGCAUUGGUUGACUUGCCACCACGAGAUAUGGGUAAAGAGCGUGCAGAAGCUCGUGAUAAAGCUGUCAAUGACCUGUCAGACGUCGCAUCGAAAUUCGAUUGUUUGCAAGGUGAUUUGAGUGAAUUGUUUGAGCAAGUUGACUUUGUAUCUGAUUUGUUGUAA